AUGUCGCUUUUGUCUGUUCUGCUCCUGGCGCAUGAUACCUCGCUGAGGCCCCUGGAACCCCUGAAGCCCCCGCCCAUGGCGUCCGGCGCCCCCUCAAGCGCGAUGCCACCACCGGAAUACGACCAGCAGCCAGUCUCUGGCCCUGAGCUGUCUGGCGACGACAAAACGCUGCCAGGCUCUAAUGACACAGAUGACAGGCCUCAUACAGCAGACAGCAAAUCAAUCGAAAAUCAGGAGACAACGCAGAGGGAGGUUUACGAGAAUGACACAGCCCUGGCUCUCGUGCCCAGUUACAGUCGCAGCCACGUCGCAGAAGAUCCGGAAAAGGGCCCAGGCAAAGUUGAGGAUGUCGAAGAGACAGACCCAAAUGUUGUCUUCUGGGAUGGCGACGAUGACCCUGAGAAUCCAUACAAUUGGCCUACAUGGCGCAAGAUUGUCAACUGUGCUCUCAUCAGCUUGUUGACCUUCAUCACACCCCUAGCUUCCUUCUACGUUCUCGGUUUCGCCGCGGGUCCCUUGCUGUGUGCGCCGCUGAGUGAAAUCUAUGGCCGCACUAUAGUCUAUCAUGUCUUCAAUGUGGGAUUCUUCUGCUUCAACAUUGGCUGCGCCUUGGCCCCAUCGCUGAGCUCGCUCAUUGUCUUCCGCUUCUUCGCCGGCCUCUUUGGCGCUGCUCCGAUGACCAACGGCGGCGGUACCAUCGCCGACAUGAUCCGUCAGGAGAAGCGCGGCGCGGCCAUGGCUUCAUUUGCCAUUGGGCCUCUCCUCGGGCCGAUCCUUGGCCCUGUCGCCGGCGGAUACAUGUCCCAGGACAUCGGCUGGCGCUGGGCCUUUUGGCUCGUGGCGAUUCUCAGUGGGGUCAUCAGCAUUGUCAUGGUUUUGUUUCUACGAGAAACAUAUGCCAUCAUACUCCUCCAGCGCAAGGUCGAUAAAAUGCGUAAGGAAACGGGCAACCAGGCAUUGCGGUCCAAGCUCGACAGUGGACUGUCGCCCACCGACUACUUCAAACGAGGCAUCUACCGGCCUCUGAAGCUGCUUACCAUCUCGCCCAUCUCCAUCGUCUGUGCUCUGUAUACCGCCAUUGGUUACGGCUAUCUCUACAUCCUCUUCACCUCCUUCACCACAGUUUUCAUGCAGUACUAUGGCUUUACUGCCGGAACCUCAGGCCUCUCUUUCCUCGGCAUGGGCGUUGGCUCCAUGUUCGGUCUUGUCUUCUUCUCUGUCUACUCCGACCGCUACCUCAAGUCCAGGGCGGCCCGCGCCGACGCCGCCGCCGAUGCCGCCAACCGCCCCCGCGAGGGCAUGAAGCCGGAGUAUCGCCUCGUCACCCUCCCCUGGGGCGCCAUUCUCCUGACCAUCGGCCUCUUCUGGUACGGCUGGUCCGCCGACGAGGGCCGCACGCACUGGAUCGUGCCCAUCCUCGGCACUGCCGUCGCCGGCUUCGGCAACCUCCUCAUCUUCAUGUCACUGCAGCUCUACCUCGUCGACGCCUUCUCCGUGUACGCCGCCAGCGCGCUAGCGGCCAACACGGUGGCUAGGUCGCUGGCCGGUGCAUUUCUGCCGCUGGCGGGACUACCGAUGUAUGAGGCGCUCGGGAUCGGGUGGGGGAACACCGUCUUGGGCAUCAUCUCGGCGGUCAUGAUCCCGGUGGCAUAUGCCAUUAUCAGGUAUGGGCAGCACUUGAGGCAGCGAUUUGAGGUGAAGAAUCUGUGA